AUGCCAAAUCAAGACGAGUUAGAUGUGCAGUGGGAUGCUGACGUGAUAGAGUUUUGGCAGGCCAGUCUUCAAAGCUAUAAAACUUGCCACGAUGCAGAGAAACCAAAUGACAAUGAUUCAGAAACAAUAGCCUCCAAUCUAAUAGAUAGCCUUCCCAAGAAAAAAGUGCAGCACAAGGCUUCACUGUUGACGACUCGUAGUGGUGAAUCAUCUUCGCAGCCCCCAGAGCCCAAAAAGCAAAAAGAUCAAACCAGCGAUGCAAUGGAAGCACCACCGAAGCGAGUAUUUCGCAUUGAAGAAAAGGUCGAUAGAAUCCAAAUGCCAAAUAGACGAGAAGAUCAUAGUGAUGCAGUCGAUUCUCAACUCCAAUCGCCAAAGAAACGAAAAGCUACUGUUGAAUUGCCAUACACAAGUUUGCCGCCAAGAAGACGAGGUGUUCAGAUAGAAGACGAGGAAGAAGAAGAAGAAGAAGAGGAGGAGCAAAAUGAAGAGGAGCAAUAUAAAGAGGAGCAACAUGGAGAUGAACAAUAUGAAGAAGAAGAGCAGACAGAACAAGAGGCACAUUCAUAUGAAAAUACCAGCAAAAAAGCAAGAUAUCAAGAGCAAUAUUACUAUCAGGACCCACACUAUGCCGCUGCUGCUCCUCCAGCACCAGCACCUCCAAUGCCUCCAUCUAUGCCAGCUCAGGACAACGAGGCAUUUUCAAACCUCAUCAUGUCAUGGUAUUACGCCGGCUAUUAUACUGGAUUAUAUCAAGCUAGACAAAGAUAA